AUGUCCAUACCGCCAGCAAUGAAGGAGCGCCAGAAGGUCUUUAUCGCAGUUAUGGGGGUGACUGGCUCAGGGAAGAGUACUUUUAUACACACUGCCACCGAGUCUGAGGAUGUUCAUAUUGGCCAUACAUUCAAAUCUUGCACUGCGGCAGUCUCAGCUCAUACAUUCCCUAUGGAUAAAUAUGAUGUCACCUUGAUUGAUACCCCUGGAUUCAACGAUACAUUUCGCAGCGAGACAGAGGUGCUAAAGGAGAUUGCAAACUGGCUUGAUUACACCUACCGUAACCCUCCUCAUGUUAUGCUCACGGGGAUAAUAUACAUGCAGUCAAUCACAGAUCGUCGGAUGUAUGGCUCUACUCUUCGAAAUCUGAAGAUGUUCCGGCAACUGUGUGGUGAUAAUCCCCUACAGAACGUGGUGUUCACCACUACCGGCUGGGGCACUGCUGAAAAGUCUGGAGAGCUCGCCAAAGCGAUUGAAAACCAAGAAUCUCUUCGCACCGAUCCUGACUUCUGGGAACCCAUGAUUAGAAGGGGGUCGAUUAUGGCGAAGUUCGAGGACACCCGCGCUUCUGCCUUGGCCAUCAUCAUGAGCUUAGUUGAGCGGAAUCCCAUCCUCCUCAAGAUCCAGGAGGAAUUGGUGGAUGAAAACAAGAAUCUCAUCGACACUGCUGCCGGGCAUACAGUCAAUGAAGAAAUGAAGAGAUUGGAAGAGAAAUACACCAAGGACAUCGCCAAAGUUCAAAAGGAGAUGGAAGAGGCGCUUGCUGCCCGUGAUACUGAAUAUCACGCAGCCCUCCAGGAGGCCAAAGAGAACUAUGAACGGCUUCGCGACGAAGCUCAACGGGCCAGAGAUUCUUUGCAGUAUGAGCGUCGAAAUGAGAAACGUCGCCUUACAAACGAGAUCGAGGGUAUGAAACGACAGCUUGAGCGAGACAAGAAGAAACACGAGGAGUACCUAGAACUCAAGUUCAAAGCCCAGCAGGUUGACGAAGACAUGAAAUAUGAAGAAAUCGUCAAACGGCUCCGUGCAAACGGUCACCUUCUCCGCAAUGAAGAACGGCAGGUCUUGGAAAUGAAGAUUCAGGAGCUAGAGGCAAACGCAAAUGCGCCAAAUCUUCAAACUGGCAAAAAGAAAAAAGGUACGGGAACGAAACUCUUAGUCGGAUUAGCACAGGUCUUGGGAAGCGUCACUAUGGGUUUGCUAGGAUUCCCUAUGCUAUUCGGAGAUCCCAUAGGGACCAUUGCUUCAAUUUUUUAA